AUGGGUUUGCCUCUCUACCGCGCGCCUGUCGAGUCCGAUCUCAAGGCCAAGGUUCCCAAGGAUCCUCCAACUCGCGCUCGGUCCACCAUCCGUCGCCCCCGUCGAAGCCUCAACGAUCCUAGCUCUCGAUCUGCCUCGACAAGUGCACAUUACUACAGCCGUCGCACCGGUCCCGGUCCCCGCGCUCGCAUCAUCUCGCCAUCCUCUGCCGAGUCGCCAUGGACCCCAUGGGACAAUGUCGAGCCUGCCGCUGCUGAGCCUCAUGCGGCUUCGCGGUCCGCGACCCGCAGGCCUGGCGCGUCCGACCCCCUGUACCUGGUGCGGGACAGCACCACACAGGACCAUACUGGCCGGCGCGAACCUGUCUUGCGCGAGGUCAUCACCCGCAAUGGUCCCAUGAGCCAGGAAGUCGUGCGAUACUUCGGCCAGCACAUGGCCAGACUGUACGCCGACACGAGCUCCAGAGGCGGCCAAGACUGGGAUGAAACUCCCCCUGCUGCCGGCGACCGAGAACGUGAAUCUGCCUCUCCCGACGAUGAGCCUCUCCUUUUGGAGGGAGACGAGUUCAACCAACGGCCGACCAGCUUCGUGCACUUCCUGCACCGUCAGAACGAGCGUCUUAUCGUUAUGAGGCGCACACUCAGGGCCCAGGAGCUGUCCGCCAUGCGUGAAGGGCGUGAAGCCCGCGCAAGGCGGUCGACCCCUGGAGAUGCCACGCUUGAGGCCCGCUUCGACGGACUGGGUGACCGUAACAGGAGCCUCAGUCCCGAGGGCGACGGUGUCUGGGACACGCUCCUCAGCUCCAUCACCCCUGACCCCCAGCCGCCCAGCGUGGGUACCUCGUUUGCGUCCACGUCGGCGGCAACUUCUCAGCCCAGCACCGCGUCUGGCGCCAACAGCGCCAAUUCGUCCCGCACAUCCCUUGCCGACGGGCCCGACGGGUCCUACUCGGCUGAGGUGAUUGGAUUUGCCGAUGCAUGCGAGUCUGGCGGUGACAAUUCCGACACCGAAGGGGAUGAGGAGGAGGAGGCGCGGGAGAACAUUCUUAGACGCUUCGGGCGGUCUCACGGAGAUAUGGCAGAGCGCGAUGAUGAUGACAUCGAGGUGUUUGGGGGCGUCGAGUCCAUGCAGCGCAUUGUACGGAACCUUGCCAGGCGCGAGGACAUCCCCGACGAGUGGUGGGCCGAGGCGGGGCUCAGUCGCACGCUGGGCAGGGAGGGCUCUUGA